UUCAUUCACUAGUAUAAGAGGACAGAUUCUAUUGAUGGAUCCUUUACCAUCCAUGAAUCGAAUUUUUUCCCUUGUUUUACAAGAGGAAAAACAGAGAGAAAUCAAGAUGAAUUCUACACUGAGCUUUGACUCCAUUGCUGCUGUGACAACUAAGAACACAAAGAAUGUUAACUCAUUCAACAAACAAUCUGGAUCUCGGAAAGAUAGACCUAUAUGCAGUCAUUGUGGAUAUACGGGUCACACCUCAGACAAAUGUUACAGAAUCCAUGGUUUUCCACCAGGAUUUAAAUCCAAGAAAUUCAAUGUUCACUCAGCAAAUCAAGUAUCCUCUUCUACAGUUCAGGAAAGUAAUGAGAUUCCACAGUUAUCAUUCACACAAGAGCAAUGUCAGCAAAUUCUUGCCUUAAUCAAUCACUCUCCCAAAUCAAAUUGUCCUAGCUCAUCAGUAAACCAAGUCUCCAAUUUGGCUGCAGAAAUACCUAACUCAUAUGGUAUUCUUCCAACACCAAAUGUCAAAUAUUCUGAAAACCUUUCAGGGCCUAUCUACAUGGAAAACGAUUGGAGUGGGUGAAGAAAAAGCUGGUCUAUAUCAUCUCUUGCAGAAACACUCGGUUGGUUCAUCAUCUAUUGCUCUUUCAGUCAAUAAAGAAUUCGACCUUUGGCAUUACAGAUUAGGCCACCUUUCUUUGUCUAGGUUACAAAUUUUAAAUAAAUCUGUACCAGAUAUUAAAAUUUCCAAUUCCUCUCCAUGUACUAUUUGUCCAUUAGCAAAACAGAAAUGUCUCCCAUUUGAACUCAGUAAUAACACUUUUUUGAUUCCUUUUCAUCUUGUGCAUUGUGAUAUAUGGGGACCUUUUUCAGUUAAUUCUUUAGAUGGUUCAAAAUUCUUUCUAACAAUUGUGGAUGACUUCUCUAAGUGCACUUGGGUGUAUCUUAUGAAACAAAAAUCUCAAACUAGACAAUACCUGCAAUCCUUCUUUUGUCUUGUUGAAAAUCAAUUCAAUCUCAAGAUUAAAUGCAUUCGGACUGACAAUGGGGCUGAAUUCCAUAUGCCUGAGUAUUAUCUAGCUAAAGGUGUAAUUCAUCAAAGGAGUUGUGUUGAAAAACCACAACAAAAUGGUGUGGUUGAAAGAAAACAUCAGCAUUUGCUGAAUGUUGCUAGAUCUCUUAGAUUUCAGGCCUCAUUACCAUUAAAGUUUUGGGGUGACUGCAUUUUAACAGCAACACAUUUAAUCAUCUUAACUCCUACACCUUUAUUAGCUAACAAGUCACCAUAUGAAGUCCUCCAUUCUUCUCCUCCUUCAUAUACUCAUCUAAGAGUAUUUGGAUGUUUAUGUUUUGCAUCCACUCUUUCCAGAAACAGAUCUAAAUUUGAUCCUCGAGCCAAAAAGUCCAUUUUCAUAGGAUAUCCUUAUGCUGUGAAAGGCUACAAAUUGUAUGAUCUUGAAUCUCAUACAACAUUUUUAUCUCGUGAUGUGAUAUUUCAUGAGUCU